AUGUCAGCCUCUCAAAAAAUCGAUCUUACUACUCUAAAUCCAGAACAGUUAGCUCAGGUAAAAGAACAGUUUGAUCAAGAACUGCAACAUUUCACCCAGUCUUUACAGGCUCUGAGCAUGGCUAGAAACAAGUUCAAAGAAUGCAUAACAAACAUACAAGUGGUGUCUCAGCCAUCUAAUAAGACUGCCAGCUUGCUGGUGCCGCUGUCUGGAUCACUAUAUGUUCCAGGUAAGGUCAUAGACAAUGAUAAUUUUAUGGUGGACAUCGGGACUGGUUAUUACGUUGACAAAACCGCUAAGGAAGCAAUUCAAUUUUAUCAAAAUAAAGUUGACAAGUUGAACAAGGAAUCCAAACAAAUCGAAGAUAUCAUAAAGGAGAAGACACAAUCGUCUCUUGCCAUCGAGAACCAGAUUCGUAAAGCUGCCAUUCGACGUCAUGAGGAAAUGGCUAAACAGAAACAAGAACAGAAGCAAGAAUAG